GGGGGCGGCAGGCGGGACGGCAGCAGCAGCAGGCGGGGCGGCGAAGCCAGGGAGUGCCACGGGAAUGGCACCCGCCGCCGCAGCAGGAGCAGGAGGAGGAGGCAGUGCGGGGUCGCCGCCUCACACGCCGAUUCGUGGCGCGCUGUCUCGGAAGAACAGCGUUGCGUUCAAGCCCGGUGUGGGGCUGGGUGGCGGAGUGGAGGGCGGCAGCAGCAGCGGGGGAGCGGCUCCUGACUGCGGCUCCUCGCCCGGCAGUCCGGUGGGCGCGGGCUCCUUCCGUCGCAUCUCCGCGGGCCACCUGGGUGCACAGCUGGCGGGGGGGCAGCUGACACUGAUGCUGGACGGCAACCCGCUGGGGCUGACGGGGCUGCGCAUCAUCCUUGACGGCAUGGAGGCCAUGUCCCGGGCGCUGCUGGACGCCGCCGACCUGCCGCCCCCGCAGCCGGACGAGCUGGCGGGUCCGCCGCCCCACCUGCCGCCCGCUCCGCUGCACGUGUCCAUCGCAAACUGCAACGUGGCGCCGCCCUCGGACAGGUCCUCGGACGGCGGGGACGAGGUGAACCCCUUCCUGCCCAGCCUCGCGGUGUUGUGUCGCGGCGGUGGCGGCGAGGGGCGCAUGUUCGCGGGCAAGGACGGGGCGGCCAAGAAGAGCGCAUCGAGACCCACCACCAGGGAAUCCUCUCGCGACAUCGCCUCCUCCGGCGCCUCCUUCACCUCGCCCGCCUCCUCCGGCCCCUCCGCAGGCCACCAAGCCCUCACCCUGCAGUCCCCCCACCUGGACCUCCACUCCCCCGCCGGCGUCUACUGCCUGGACCUCUCCCACCCCGCCACCGCGGUGCUGGUGUCGUACCUGCUGCGCAUGCGGGCGCAGCUGGCGGCGGCGGUGGCGGCGGGGCGGGUGGCGGGGGUGGCGCUGCAGCUGGUCAACAUACAGCUGAACGGGCGGCCGGCGCGGCUGGAGCAGCUGAGCGCGCUGGAGGCGUGGAGCGAGGGGAGCCUCCUCAUGACCGUGAAGGCCCCCGCGCUGCUGGCCACCGAGCCCCCCGCUCCCCUCUCCCCCCUGGUCGCCCUCUGGCUGGCGGGGCUGCUGGGCGACUCGGUGGCCUCGCCGCUGUGGAAGCUGGCGGUGGUGCAGGCGGCGGGCAGCGUGUGCUUCUUCACACCCUGGCAAUGUGUGGCGCUGCUGGCGGGAUUCGACCGCACCACGCAGGGCGCGGAGUGCGUGUCGGCGGCGCAGAUGCUGUACGCGCGGAGUGCGCAGCCGCUGGCGUUCUGGCAGCAUGUGCUGCCGCGGUUGACGCCGGCGCAGCAGGAGGCGCUGAGGGCAAAGGUUGGUGACCUGGUUGCGCUGGACAUGACCCGACCCAUGGGUCGCUACACGCUCAACCUGAGUCGGCAGGUGGACCGCUUCGUGGCGCUGCGGCUGCAGCUGACGUCGGCGCUGGAGUGCAGCUGGACUACGUGACGUACAAGAAGCCUCCCCCCUCCGCCCCCGCCGCCUCCCCCGCCGAGCUGGAGGAGCUGCUGGCGGGGCUGCGGGGCUGCAACGUGAUGCACAUUGCGGCGCUGCUGCAGGUGCGCAAGCUGGCCGCCCCGCCCCCGCCGCCUCCCACCGGCACGCGCGUGUCGCUGGCAGGGCCCUCCAGGCGCAGAGCCACCCAGCCCGCCCCCCCGCCUCCCAAGCCGCGCCUCUCCGCGCUGCAGCUCAUGCACCUGCCCCUCGCCACCGUCGCACAGCUCCUCUCCAGACCCGCACCACCACCCCAGCAGCAGCCCCAGCAGCAGCCCUUCGCAACACCCAGCGACGGAUUAGCUCACCCCCAUGCCACCACCUCCACCUCCUCCUCCGCCGGUGGCGGUGGCGGCGGCUCCAGCGACCCCUCCCCCUCCCCCUCCCCCUCCAGCCCACUGCGUGCCUCCCUGGGUUGGGCCGCCGCUGCGGACUUCAACCCCGAGCCGCUGUUCCGCAAGACCGGCGUGUUUCCCCCUGAGGGGCUGCUCAGCGGGUUGGAAGGGGGGCCGCCGGGGGGCCUGCUGGGCCCCUCGGGCAGCAUCGCGGGG